AUGGUGGAGCGGGGAGACGCGGCGCCGCUUCUGCGCUGGGCCGAGGGCCCCGCCGUGUCCCCGCCGCAGGCCCCGGAGCUGCAGGCGGGGAGCCGGGGUCCGAACCGGGGUCCGAGGGGCGGCGCUGAGCCCUCGGACGGGCGCCCCUCCGUCUCUCCGGGCGCCUCCGAAGUGCUGCUGCAGCCGGGGCGCCUGGAGCUGGGCGACGUGGAGGAGGACCAGGUGGUGGCCGUGUUCGUGGUCACCUUCGACCCCCGCUCGGGAAACAUGGUGGAAUGGUGCUUACCCCAAGAUAUUGAUCUUGAAGGGGUUGAGUUCAAGUCCAUGGCCAGUGGGUCACAUAAAAUCCAGUCUGACUUCAUCUACUUCCGGAAGGGGCCCUUUUUUGGCCUGGCCUGCUUUGCCAACAUGCCCGUAGAGAGUGAGCUGGAGCGUGGCGCCCGCAUGAAGUCCGUGGGCAUCCUCUCUCCAUCCUACACCCUGCUGUACCGCUACAUGCACUUCCUGGAGAACCAGGUUCGGCACCAGCUGGAGACGCCGGGACAUUACUCCCACCUGGCUGCCUUCUACGAGGACAAGAAAGGGGUGCUGCAUGCUGGGCCUGGGAGAGGCGGCGGCCUGCCCCCUGUCUACUGGCUUCCAUCCAUCCACCGCUACAUGUACCCCGAGAUGAAGAUUACCCACCCGGCUGGCUGCAUGUCUCAGUUCAUCAAGUUCUUCGGUGAGCAGAUCCUCGUCCUCUGGAAAUUCGCUUUACUCCGGAAGCGCAUUCUGAUAUUCUCCCCACCACCUGUGGGCGUGGUGUGUUAUCGAGUGUAUUGCUGUUGCUGCCUGGCGAAUGUGUCCCUGCCUGGCAUCGGGAACACCAUCCCUGAAUCCAAGCCCUUCUUCUACGUGAAUGUGGCGGACAUCGAGAGCCUGGAGGUAGAGGUGUCCUAUGUGGCCUGCACCACAGAGAAGAUCUUCGAGGAGAAGCAGGAGCUGUACGAUGUCUACGUGGACAACCAGAAUGUGAAGACACACCUGGACCACCUGCAGCCGCUGUUGAAGAUCAACAGCGCAGACCGGGAGAAGUACCGGCGGCUCAAUGAGCAGAGGCAGAUGCUUCUGUACUCCCAGGAGGUGGGGGAGGAGUACAACCCCUGUGAAGAGGACCUGUUUGUACUGUUUUUCCUAGAGCAGAACAAUCGCAUCUUCCAGACUCUGCUGGAGGUGUCUGCCAGCCAAGAUAAGACUCUGACCGCGGAGCAUGCACGAGGCAUGGGACUGGACCCACAAGGGGACCGGAGCUUCCUCAUGGACCUGCUGGAGGCCUAUGGCAUCGACGUCAUGUUGGUCAUUGACAACCCCUGCUGCCCCUAGGACCCAGGGCGGCCUCUGGUGAGCCUGUCCUCACAAGGGGACCCUGCCCCUGGCUGCUGUUUCUAAAUUAAGUGGGCACCAAGGAACAUUGACUGUCUUCUCCAGCAAACAUUACUACUGGAGGCCUCUUCCCUCCCUGGAUGCCCAGAGACAGGAUUCUGAUCACAUGAUCUUUUUGUCCUGCUUUGGGGUGUGGU